UUCCUUAAUACUUAGUGUCACAGCGUUCCGUCCAUCUUCCCCAACCUCCUCCCGAAGCGCAAUCUGCCUGUCGACAACACUUUCCAUUGUCCAUUUCUCCCGUUGAAGCAUUAUACCCCUCAUUGCAAUCCAUAUCCCACUCUCGAGUGUCCCGUCGCAUCCCCGCUGGCGGUAGCUACAAUGGCCGACCCAUCGGCGUCCCAGUCGCAACACCUCUCCUCCUCCACAACUUUACCACUCUCGCCCUCCAAGCUGUGCUCUAAGACCUACAAGAAAGCCUCACAUCUCUUCCUCACGCGACGACUUCAAGAAGCGCUCGCGGCCCUGGAACCCGCCAUCACGAACCCCCGCGGCAAUGACGAGCAAUUCCCCAACGGCGACUCCUCAGCACCCGCCGUACCGCCCAUCGCCGCCGCCCAACCCACGUGGCGGAUCAAAGUAUGGAACCUAUACAUCACGCUGCUCAGCGCAAUCGUCGAUCUGGGCCCCGAAGAUGGCAAGACAGUGUUCGGACAGAAGGAAUGGAAAGCGAUCUCCUCCCAAGUCCGGGAGGGAGAGAUCUGGGAGACGGUCGUGCAGACCGGGUACAAGGGUCUUGAGGGAUCCGUGGACGCGGAAGUCGUAUACAACCUUGCCACCUUACUCCUCAGCCACAUGCCAUCGCAGAAACUCAACCAACAGCGACUCGAGACCUACCUCUCCUCCUCCGGCCAACCGAACCUGGAGAUCACGGAGCAUCAUCUCCGCAAUUCCUCGUCCACCACUUCCCUUCAGCGAGCCAACGGCGGCACGGACACGCCAAAGGACCUGAACGCACGGGUGCGGAUAAUCGAGCUGUUCACGCUGCAUGUCCUCCCCCGGAACGACGAAUGGGAUUAUGCGCAAGAAUUCAUCAGUCUGAGCGAAGUCCUCGACGAAGAGCGCAAGGACGUGUUCCUGCAGACCCUGGAGGGCCUGAAAGAGGAGAAGCAGCAGGGCGAGCUGCGGGCCGCGGCGCUGCAACGCGAGAAGGACGCGGAGCUGGAGCGCCAAGCGCGCGAGGCCGAGCGACGGCGAGCGGAGGAGGAGGAGGUCGCUACCGCCGCCGCCACUGCCGCCGUAGAACAGUCGCAGCAGCAGAAGGGCCACGGCCGGAGUAGCAGCGAGGUGGACUACGGGAUCGAGAAGACGUACCCGAAUGGCAGCGUCAAGGGCCGUGGGAAGAGCGGCGAGAAGAACGGGAGGCCCGGUGCGGCGGGCGCGACAAGCCGCACAGCCCUCUCGCCGUCCGGGUCGAAGAGCGUCAAGAAGACGGACAAGCCGGACGCGCGGGCCAAGCGAUCCCAGGCGUUGACGAACGUGGUGCGCAACCUGAUGCAGUUCAUCACGAAGAGCAUAGCCGGCAACCCGCUCUCGGUUGCGCGGACGCUUCUCUUCCUGCUCGGGCUCUUGUUCGCGCUGAGCAGGCAAGACAUCCGGGAGCGCGUGCGGCGGAUAACCGGCGCGGGGUGGCAGAAGGUCAAGGGGACUAUCGGGAUGGGGGUGAAAGUGAGCUAUAUCUGA